GGACCUGGAGCUUUUUUCGUCGCGCCAGCGAAAGCUGCUCAGCCGCGGAUGUUAACAUGUUUUCUUUAAGCUUAUUGCGAACAAUUUCGGUUGCGUUACGGUUCAACCGCGUGCUAGUAUAGCCGAAACAACACCGUUUGAAAGGGAACGCUUCGCCGCAUGGCGAGCUCGAGGCAGCGUGUAACGUUUGACCGUUAACAUAUUUUCCAUGUUCUUCUUUCUUCCUGCGCCUCCGCAAGUCCUUCCUGCCACCACCGUAACAUUCAGCUCCCACAUUAAAAAUAAAUAAAUAGGUUGAGUCUAAAAUAAUGUUCGCGUUUAGCGGGAGAUAUAAUAACAGUUAACUGUUUUAAAUGAUUUGUUGAAAACGGUAACGUUUAAAUCUAACGUAAGGUCUUCUCCCAAGGAAGCUUAAGAGUCCUAAUAAAUGCAAUAUUAAACGUUUUGUAGUCAAUUCUGACAUGUUCAGAGUAUAUGGCUCUAAAUGUUCAAUGUAAGCUUAUUUUAGCGUACCAAGUUGCCCUUGGCUGUAAUGCUUCAGCUCCCAAUGUUUUUUUCUCCAUCGAUAUUCUUUCUUUUUUUUAAAUUUCACGAACUUAGUAAGAAACCGAUAUGGUAAAAACAGAUCCAGAUGUACGUUAUGGCAGCUCGUUGGUUCUGGUGUUAUCCGGUUGUUUUCGUGUCGCUGGGUUCGCCCCGUGGACGCCACAUCGAGAUGGGACCACAAGGACACGACGAACAACGAGCAGCCGCCAUCAUUGGAUCACAGCUCGGCUACGCCUCGCUGAAGAAUGCACGGAGUUCGUGCUCAAACCCCACGGUUGAACGCCGAAAAAAACGAAUUAAUCGAUACCACGCCGUACAAUGAAUGGAGAAAUGGAAGCAAAAACUGAAGAGAUAGGUGGGAUUUCGACAUUGUGGGCACAGGAGGACCUCUUACAACUGCUUGAGGCCAUGCAACUGGCCCUGCCUCCGAAAGACCUGACAAAAUACAAAACAACGGAGUCCCACCUCGACUGGCAGAAGGUGGCCUUCAACUCCUUCACAGCAGAGAUGUGUAAGCAGAAGUGGCUGCUGGUCUCUAAAAAGAUUCGUAAAUUUCGGACUUUGACCGAACUCAUAUUUGAUGCUCAAGACUACAUCAAGAACCCUUACAAGGGCAAAAAGCUCACAAAACACCCAGAUUUCCCCAAGAAGCCCUUGACUCCAUACUUCCGAUUCUUCAUGGAAAAGAGGGCCAAAUACGCAAAGUUGCACCCAGAGAUGAGUAACCUCGAUCUAACUAAAAUCCUUUCCAAGAAGUACCGGGAGCUGCCUGAAAAAAAGAAGAAAAAGUAUCUUGAGGACUUUUCACGAGACAAGGAAACAUUUGUGCACAGCAUGACGAAGUUCAGAGAACUGCACCCUGGCCUCAUGGAAAGCAUGACCAAGAAAGGCUCAAAUGCACCAGAGAAGGCCAGAACACCCCAACAGCUGUGGUUCACCCAUGAAAAGAAGGCUGUCCUCAAGACACGUCCGGAUGCGACCACCAAAGACAUUAAGGACACACUCGGCAAACAGUGGACGCAGCUGUCUGACAAGAAGAGACUCAAAUGGAUUGCCAAGUCCCUGGAGCAGCAGAAACUGUAUCAGGGGACAAUGCGGGAGUACAUCCAGCAGCACCCGGAGUCCAACAUUACCCAAGAGGAUAUCCUCAAGUCCACCCUGACCAAGGCUGAGAGGCACCUCAAAGACAAAUCUGAUGGCCGACCUGACAAACCCCCUCCAAAUGGUUACUCGAUGUACUGCGCCGAGUUGAUGUCGAGCAUGAAGGAUGUACCCAGCACAGAGCGUAUGGUGAUGUGUAGCCAGCGGUGGAAGCUGCUGAAACAGGGGGAGAAAGACGCCUACCAAAAACGCUGUGAACAAAGGAAGAAGGACUUUGAAAUUGACAUGAACCGAUUUCUAAGUAGUUUAUCAGAGGAGGAGCAACACCGGGUUUUGUCCGAGGAGAAACUAGGUUUUAAGAGGGGCGGAGCCAACAGUUCUGCUGCCAAAAGGAGGGCCUCUAAAGCCAAGGCCAAUCCAGAGAAACCUAAAAGGCCAAUUUCAGCCAUGUUCAUCUUCUCUGAGGAAAGGCGUCCGAAACUGCAGCAGGAGCGUCCGGACCUUUCCGACAGCGAGCUCACACGACUUCUGGCUCGCAUGUGGAAUGAGCUGCCAGACAAAAAGAAGGAGAAGUUUAAACGCAUGGAAGCGAUCCUGAAGUCGGAGUCGGAGAAGAAGGAGGAUCGCAGUCGUCUGCCGGACCCACCCAAGACUGCACAGGACAUCUGGCAGCAGAGUGUCAUAGGAGACUACCUGGCCAGAUUUAAGAGUGACCGACCAAAGGCACAGAAAGCCAUGGAAGCAACCUGGAGCACCAUGGAGAAAAAAGAGAAAAUUAUGUGGAUCAAAAAGGCAGCAGAGGACCAGAAAAGAUACGAGAGGGACCUGUGUGAGAUGCGCUCACCUGCUGCUGCCAUUGCCUCAGGAAAGAAGAUGAAGUUUGAGGGGGAACCCAAGAAACCACCAUCAAACGGAUAUCAGAAGUUCUCUCAGGAGAUGCUGUCCAACGGUGAACUGAAUCACCUCCCGAUGAAGGAGCGCAUGACUGAGAUCGGCAGCCGCUGGCAGAGGUUAACGCUGAAGGACAAGGACCGCUACAAGAAGAUCGCUGAGGAGAAGCAGAAGCUGUACAAAGUUGUACUGGAACAGUGGCUCGCUAGUUUGUCUUCACAAGAGAGAAACACUUACAAAGAAUAUAAUUCACAAAAAAGGAGAACUACCGCAAAACCAGGAGGUCCAAAGGCAAAGGCCAAGAAAUCUGACACGGAGGAAGAGGAGGAGGAGGAUGACGAUGAAGAAGACGACGAUGAGCGGGAGAAAGCUUCUUCUGAGGCCGAUUCGUCCAGCGACGACGACGACGACGACGACGACGAUGACGACGACGACGACGAUGACGAUGUAUUUGUCAUUUGUUUGAAGAAGGACGAGGAUGACGAGGAGGACGACGACGAGGCGGAAGACAAGGAGAACAAGUCGGAGGACAGCAGCAGCGAGUCGAAUUCACAGGGUUCGUCGGAUUCUGAUUCGGACUGAAACGGGCCGGCGUCUUCGUGAGACGAACUGAGCAGCGCUGAGCUGAGCCAAGAGUCAAGGGAGCUCUGCCACUGUGCCAACGCUUCUCUCCUCCCACCACCAGAGGGAGCCCCUGCAUUGCCUCAUUCACUUCACACUUUAUGUUGCUGCGUUGGUGAUCUACUCAUGGAGGGACGCUGCCCUUAUGUCCAAAAUCAGUUUCCUUCCCUCCCCGAUGUGACGGUCCUCUCACAUUACGGGCCGCUGACGUUAUGCCAAAAACAGCAUCCCACUGGUUUGGUGAUGUCAUGGACCUUUCUGCCGCUGGUUUCAAUCUUGACGUACAGGUUCAACGGUUUAAGGUUAGGGUUUUAAUGUCGAGGGUAAUUCAUUGCCUGUGCCAGUGUUUUAUGUUAUUAUUCUGGUAAUUAGUUGAAGACAAGUGGCAUGAGUUGUGAACAGGCUUCAUAGAGCCAAAGAACAUAGUCUGGUGGUUCACUUUAGGGAUCAACAGGAGGGAAGCGGGGGUGCAGAAUAGUGAAACAUUGCACUCUUCAGAAUGUUCCUUUAAUUCUUUUUUUUUUGCGUUCUCUAUUCUAAAUUUCUGAUGUAGAAUUUAUCAUUUGGUUCUUAAAGAGGUGGUAUUUUUUCAGGAAAAAAAAUCAAGCCAUUAUGAAUGUCUUUUUGUUGCUGGAAUAUUUCCGAAUUUGUUACUUACCCGUGUUCUCAUUUAAAAGGUAAUCGUGCCUAUAUAAAGUAUUCACCCCAUCUUGGACUUUUCAUGUUUUAUUGUUUUUACAUCGUUGAACUAAAGUGGAUGCCUGGGAAAACAAUCGUCUUUAUACUGCAAAAUGUAGGAGAUUUAAAAUGCUUUUUUUAGAGAAUACCUGACGACAAUCAGCUGAGAUUUCGGGUGUUUAAAAGUGUAGCGGAGGACACAAAACUGACACUGGCAUUGAUCUCAUCUAACUUACAGUAAGACAGCGACCAACUCAAUCUUUACAGAUAUAUCUAAAUUAAGUGCAAGUAAAAAAAAAGAAAAAAGAAAUGUAUUCCCGGCCCAAAAGUUUUGUGAAUGCAUCUUACAGCAGUUACAACCAUGAGUCUGUGGAUCGGUAUCUUCACAUGUGGACGUUGUGUCACUCCUUUUGCUAAAUCUGCCCAAUUGAGAUUUAUAGGAACUCUUUUGGAUUUUGGCCUCACAACACAGCAGAUUCACAGCUGUGCCAUAUUUUUUUUUAUUUUAAAUGAAUGACGGUGCGGUACACUCUGCAGGCUUAAAAUGUGCCUUGGAAAUGUUCUUGUAUCCUUCCCUUCGAAAUGGUAGUGCUAAGAAAACGUGUAAUGUAUUUGGGAUGUUCCUUUAUCGUUUUUAAAUUACAUAACAAGCUUCUAUAGCUAUAAGAUACAGGUGUAUUUACUGGCCACACUUUUAAUAUCACAUAAGUAAUCUAAAUUCAUUUAAUGAUGACCAGUCUUGUCUUCACAUUCUGACAUAAUUUAGAUCAGUUUGGGAAGAUUUGUUUUGUUGAUGAAGGUCCAACACCCCUGAUGGCAUCCAUUGUGUUUCAGAAAUGUAAAACAGAAAAGGUUUAAUACUUUUUAUAGGCGCUGUAGAACCAUUAGUAUGUGUCUGUCAUUGGAAGGUGUGAUUAACCCGUUGGACUGAAGAAUACGUCACACAGUUGGCGUAUUUUUCUUCUCUGACCCGUCGUUUUGUUUACCGUUCAUUUGAAUUGUCAUUAGGUUUGUUUUAAUUGUGAGCAGUUGUGUUCUGGUCCAUCUGGAAUAAUUGUGUGGAUGUUGAACUGAAUGGUUUUCAUCUUUUUUUCUUUUCUUUUUCUAAUGGUAUUGACUGUAAUCCAUUUGGGUUUUAGUCUGAUGCUUAAUCCCAAAAACGUGUGCACUUAAUGUAAAUCUGUCCCUUUUUGUGUGCACGCAUGCGCCGAACUGUGUGUGUUUUUGAGGGUGUGAGUGUUUGUUUGUUUGCUUUCCUGUGUGCUGUUUUUACUGUUUUGUUGCAUACCAUGAUGUGGCUGCGGUGUGCAUGUCUGUGCCGGUUUGGGUACGUCAUACCAAUACCAUGAAUGUAAAUAUUGUUCAAUCUUUACUCCUUUUUUUUUUCUUCCAAAAGUACAUUUUUUGCUGUCGUGUCACUAGUUCGCUGAAAACGGAGCGAUGACGCAACUUCCAUGACUGACGUUUUGGGUCCACAAGCAGAUGAGUGGCGACUAGUAAUACUCUGUUGGUAACGGACUGAUUUUGACCAUUAUGAAUCCCAU